AUGACACACAACAGUACAAUGAAUCUGCCACUAGUUCAGUUCCUAAUGGAAAACGACGCAGAACUACUCAAAGUUCCAUUAUCAGGCCAUUUAAGAGACAUAUACUCGAUCUAUUUGAUACAGAUGGAGAAUAACCACAUCGAGCCACCAACUCAUGAACAACUAAUAAGCUUUGAGGAGUUUGUAAAUGAUCUGAAAUUCAUCUCCGAGGUUGCCCCAGGAUCUUUGAGCUUUAAGAGAGAGAAUCCGUUGUUAUCUCAAGUGGAUGAAUUAUUAGAAUAUAUCGAUGUAUUCCCUCUGAAAACCCUUUAUGAACUAUACACAAAAAGGCAGGAAAGCAGCAAUGACCAGGUGCAACAGAAUAGUAACAAAAAGAAAGAACAGGUCGGUAAUACUUCCACUUUAGAAAGACUAAUCAAUAUCUUAGACUUCGAGAAAUCUAUGACCACAGUACAUUCAAGCAACAACCAACAACAUAAAAUACUUUCCAAUCAACUUAAUAAAAUCUUGGAAACAGAACCAGCAUCAUAUGAACUAGCUCGUCAAAGGGCCAAAGAAAUUACACCAGUAAUAGAGUAUAUCUCCACGUGUAGAGAUCACCAACACUCCUCGAUAUUGGCAUCCACAGUCUACAUAGUAAAUAACAAAAUUGUUUCUAUGCAAUGGUCUAAAUUAUCCAAGUAUGAAAUUGAAAAUCCACAAUUCAUGGCAUGUUUGAAGUCCAAGAUUCAUUAUGUCCCUAAUUUGAAACCUCAAACUGAUCUUACAUUGGGAGAUUGUUCAUAUUUAGAUACCUGUCACAAAUUAGGUUCUUGUAGAUAUCUUCAUUAUCUGCAAUAUAUUCCAGAGUUCCUUACUGAUGAAGUAACCAGAGAAACUCAUGCCAAAAACAUUAAAAUUAAAUCAGAAAGUCUAAAGAUUCCGUUUUAUACUCAUGGAAAUUGUUCCUCAUUAGUAAUAAAGGAACAGGCACCACCACAAUGGAUUAGAUGUGACGUAAGAAAAUUUGACUUCAAUAUUAUUGGUAAGUUUUCCGUUGUCAUUGCAGAUCCUGCAUGGAAUAUCCAUAUGAAUUUACCCUACGGGACAUGUAAUGAUAUUGAAUUAUUACAACUUCCCUUGAACCAUUUGCAAGAUGAAGGCAUAUUGUUUUUGUGGGUCACUGGGAGAGCCAUCGAAUUAGGGAAGGAGUCCCUAGCAAACUGGGGGUAUAAAGUUAUAAAUGAACUUUCCUGGAUCAAAACAAACCAACUGGGAAGAACCAUUGUUACUGGGAGAACGGGACAUUGGUUAAACCAUUCUAAAGAACAUCUAUUGUUGGGGGUUAAGGGGGAUCCACAGUGGAUCAACAAACAUAUAGAUAUUGAUCUAAUAGUUUCCACCACCAGAGAGACAAGUAGAAAACCUGAUGAAUUAUAUGGAAUCAUAGAAAGAUUAGUGGGGCCUCAUGCUAGGAAAUUGGAAAUCUUUGGGAGGGAUCAUAACAUUAGACCGGGAUGGCUAACCAUUGGUAACCAACUUUCUGGAACAUGUAUUCAUGAAAUGGAUGUCAAGCGGAAAUAUGAUAAGUUCAUAGCUUCUAAUAAAAAUCCGAACAAAUGGCACAAGAAGGAUAUGAACGGGAUUAAGUCAGGGAAUCAAAAGAAGUUUCAAUCACAAAUAUCAACGUUCUAA